AUGCAGAAGUCUACAAAUGCAAUGGAUAAACUACUGACACAUUACUCUGAGUGGAACAAACUCAAAAGAGUUGUUGCCUGGUUGUUAAUUGGAGUUAAAAAGUUACAAAAACACAUCACUGCACGAAGACAGUUGAAGAACGAACUUAACCAGCAGGAACAUAACCCUCUGAAAUGUAACCAGAUAUUUGAAGAACAGUACACACGAAUUAAACAAAAGAGGUUGAUGGAAAGAAAGAAAGGUCUAACAACAGCCUAUCUCAGCUUAGAUGUUCUUCAAAGUGCUGAAAGGGCUUUGAUACUCUACGUGCAGCGACAGCAUUUCAAGGAAGAGAUCAAGAUCCUGGAAAUACAAAAGGAUGCUUCGCAUAUUUUGAAAAUUUAUUCUCCAUUAAGGAAGCUGGAUCCUUUCAUUAGUGAUGGUUUGAUCCGUGUUGGAGGACGACUUCUUAGAGCUAACUUACCUUUCGAUGCAAAACAUCCAAUUGUACUACCCAAGGACUCUGUUAUUACAGAACUCGUAUUACGGGAUGUGCACCAGUCAGUUGGUCAUAUGGGGAAAAACUUCAUGCUUGCUAGUCUACAUCAGCAGUAUUGUGUGCUCGGUGCAUCAACUGAUAUAAAGCGUAUAAUUUCAAAGUGUUUUACUUGUCAAAGAUAUCAGGCACCCGCUGCAGAGCAACAAAUGACCAGCCUUCCUGUAGACCGUUUAAAUGCCGAUGAACCCCCAUUUUCCAGAGUUGGGAUGGAUUUCUUUGGACCAUUUGAGGUAAAGCGAGGAAGAAGUACAGUAAAGAGAUAUGGUGUGUUGUUCACGUGUUUGGCUAUUCGAGCAGUACAUCUAGAGGUUGCUCAUUCUCUUGAUACAGACUCGUGCAUCAAUGCAAUCAGAAGAUUUGUGGCUAGACGUGGUAUAGUUAAAUCAAUUCAGUCUGACAACGGGACCAAUUUAGUGGGAGCAGAACGCGAAAUGCGUGAAGAAAUUAAAAAGUGGAAUAUGCAAAAAAUAAAUAGGGCCUUGCAACAAAGAUCCAUCUCAUGGAGUUUCAAUCCCCCUACAGCAUUCCAUUUUGGAGGUGUUUGGGAACGGCUUAUUCGUGUUGUCAGAAAAAUACUCUAUUCGCUACUCCGAGAACAAAACGUAUACCUUGAUGACGAGUUUCUGCAAACUCUGUUUUGUGAAGUUGAAGCUGUGAUCAAUGGUCGCCCAAUCACAGAAGGGCCCAGCAGUCCUAAUGAUCUAGAUGUAUUGACACCAAAUCACUUGUUAUUGCUUAGAGCAGGAGAACAUAUUCCACCUGGCUUAUUUCAUAACAGUGACAACUGUGCAAAAAGGAGAUGGCGACAAGUACAAUAUUUGGCAGACAUAUUCUGGAAAAGGUGGAUACGGGGAUACUUACCUCUGCAGCAAAAGAGACAAAAAUGGAUGUACCCUAAGAGGAAUUUGGCUGUGGGUGACAUUGUACUGAUUAUAGAUACAACCCCUAGAAAUUCAUGGGCACUUGGAAGAGUGCUUGAAGUCGUGAAGGACAAAAAGGGGCUUGUCAGAGUUGUGAAACUGAAAACAAAAUCGUCUACACUGACUCGUCCAAUUACAAAAUUAUGUCUCUUGGUAGAAAGCGACUAA